GUUUGGCUGGGCCGGGUCGUGUUGCUGGGCGAGCGGCAUCGGCGCUCGGGGUAAACAAAACGGCGGCCGCGUCCCCGCGUCGCCCCACGGCUCCCCUCAGCAGACAUGGACCUCGCCGCCGCCGCCGCCGCCACCGACAACAACAACAAGAUUCAGAUCCUGCUCGCCGCGGCCGAGUAUCUGGAGAGAAAGGACAGGGGUGAGGGCUGGGGUGGCGCUGCCUGGCUGGCAGGAGAAGCGGAGCACGGCUACGCGUCCAUGCCGCCGUCGAGGCGGGAGGAGGAGGAGGAAGAGGACGAGUCCCCGAGUAGGAAGAGGCUCAAGACGAGGAAGGCGCCCAGCAUCAGAUCCACUCACAACGAGCUGGAGAAAAACAGGAGAGCACAGCUGCGCGUCUGCCUGGAGCGUCUGAAGAACAUGGUCCCUUUGGGGCCCGAGUGCUCGCGACACACCACCCUGGGGUUGCUCACCAAAGCGAAGAACCACAUCAAGAGGACAUGGAGGUGGACGUGGAGAGUGUGGAGAGCGUGGAGUUCUCGGUGGGCGAGGGAGACAGCCUCGGCACGAGCAGCGACAGCGACGAGCGCAGCAGCCUGCAGAGCAGCAGCACCAGCGACGGCGGCUACUCCAGCUCAAGUCUCAAGCACGUGGGGACCUUCCUCUGCUAGCCGCUCACAAGCACAGCGGGGGGGGGGGGGGGGGGCACGGUCUGCGGUCGUGUUCCUCCGACUGGGAGAUGACAAGUAUUGGGAAGACGCUCUUACAGUGCUUUUCAGACUUUGUAUGUAUUUUUCUGACAAUUUAUACUGUACAUGAAAUUGUAUUUUGUGAAGCACUGCAAGAGUAACUUAAGCUCUGAAGACCUUUAAAAGAGCAGUUUGUAAAUAAAUGUAUAAACGCCUGGCCGCUGUUUUACGCACCUAAAGAAUGGUUCAGACAGCACUUUUAUGCCGAUUUGCGGAGAUGUUAACAUUAAUGGCAAUAAACUUCCCUGAUGCUGCCCAUUUCAAAAGGGUCUUCAGAGUUAGUUGACCCCAUCGAUGCAUUACGACCAAUAUGUUGCACUUAAAGGUCAAAGAUAUUUCUUUGACAUUAUUGACCUCAAAUGUAAAAAGAAAAAAAAAAUCGUACAAUAUUUUUUCCUAAAUAUGGACUGUUAUAUAUCUGUAUAGCAACAGACAUUGGAAGUCCUUGGUUCCACAGGUGGACACUAUUUUGGAGUCUCAGGGACUCUGUGGCUGUUUUGAGUGUUGUGCCUUUGUUUUGGUUUAACGUUGGAGUAUAUCUGGUUGUUGUGCAGUGCAGUAACCCUGCAAGCCAGACACGAAGGAGUUAUUAAUCUGUGGUUCCUCUGAAGGUUAUAAUGCCUGCAAAAAAACAUAUCAACAAAGUGGGCUAGCUGGCUGCUGGCUGUGUCACGCAGUAGCACAGAGCCACUGCCAACCGGCAGCUACCCAGGCCGCAUCACCUCCAGGCGAGAGGAAUCUGACAGACUCCUGAUUCAGAACCUCAAUGGCAGCUCCUGUCACAAGUGUUGUAGUUUUGUAAAGUGAAAGCAACAAGUUUUGACAUCUUUAAAAAAAUCUUACCAAUCAUCCUAUAAGCCGCUGUUAUUGUCAGUUUCUUGAUUGGCACUUAAUGAAGUUCUAGAUUAAUUGUAUUUUAGUUACAAAUAGUUAUAGUUACAAGUAAUUAUCACAAGUGAUUUUUACAGAGGCACAGUUUUUAAAUAUUUGUGACCAAAUCUGUCCCCGUUAGAAAAUCUGGUUUUUCAUGGUGCUUUUUUGUAAUCGAUGAUUGGUGGGUUGGUUCAUUUGGAUGUUGAUCGAAUUCCAUAUACUCGUUAUUUUGCAUCGUGAGCGUAGACGUCAUGGACCAGAUUGUCUAAAAUGAGAUUAUUCAGAUUCCCACCAGCAUCCAGUUUUACCGCACAUUCCACAAAACAUCGUAAGGUAAGGCCACCCCCGCUCUGCGGGUUGCGACAUCAGUGUUGUGUAUAUUAUGCAUCCCGAAACAACGGCCACUUGCUGCAGUAGCUCUUGUCUUGCUUAUUUUUUGCAUGCGUCGACGCGAUGGUAAUGUUCUUACCGCGCUUGCCAAUUUCACUCCGCGCGUGCGCACGUCUGGAGCGGCGUGCGUGUCCCGCGAGUGGCCGCCGACGCAGGCUUCGCGUCAACCUGAAGCGGCGUCCGCCCGCCCGCCGCCUGCCACUUGCGGAGCAGCUGCGCCGCCACCUGCGGGCCCCGGGAGGGCGAGCGUGGGGGGCGCUUGUGGCGGGGGUGGAAGGUGUCCCGGCUCCGACCAGUGAACGUUUCCGGCUGGCGAUGGAACUCGAACCGACUGGUGGUAGAGCACUGUUUUGAACGCUAGCUGUGUAAAUCGUGUAUAUCUAUGUUACCUCAUGUGUUAUCGUUCCCCGUUAUACAUAAACAAAUAAAUUUAUUU